AUGAAGCUCCUAGUUAUAGCGGCGACAGGAAAUUUGGGCAAGGCGAUCGUCAACGCGGCUCUGAGGGACGGCCAUGACGUGUCGGUUCUGGUCCGCGACGGUACGAAAGUCCCGUGGAACGGCGAACAGCUCACGAAGGUGUACGUCUCCGCGAGCGGGAGUCUCGGCGAUCAAGUCGCUAUUGCGUUGGCGGGCGACACCUUCGACGCCGUCGCGCUGGCAGUCGGGGCGCAAGCGGAGGACGCCGUACGCACGACGAUCAGCGCCGUCGCCGCGGCCAAGCCCUCGCCUGUGUUAUUAACGACAGGCGGUGCCCCAGCGCUCAUAUUACGACCGGGUAAUUCCUGCGUCGACAAGUGCUUCGGCGGCGCGCAGUGGGCCAAGGAUUUGCGGGACCUGCACCUCGGCGUCACGUUCGCGGCGCUCCAGGCCUCGACGAUUCCUACCUGGACCAUGGUGUGUCCAGGAACAAUGGUUAAAAAGGCCGAGGGCGCGCACAGCUUCCACCGCACGCAGCCGGACGUCAUCGACGAGUCCGUCGUGGGCGCCUCACUCCUCUACGAGGCCGUCGCCCAGGCGUUCCUCGACGUCGGCGAGGAGCUGUUGCGUUCUGUGUGGACAUGCCAACCACGCCAAAAGGUCACCGGUCGACGCCCCGCAGGGUCAAGAAACGCGACAAGAGCAAGUACAACAAGGCCCGGGUAGCGUUCAAGGGCGGCGGCGAGAUGUCCUGCUACCAGCUCUGCAUGACGACGCUCGUCGGCUGCCCCUGCGUCUAA